CGGUGGAAGCGUCGGGCCGCGCGCCGGGCCAGACGUGCCUCCGAGUGCGUGUGUGGGUGCGGGUGAAAUACAGACAGUCUCGUGAACAGGCGCAGAGUCUGGUGACUACAUGGCAAGAAUGGCGGUGGCAAAGACAACCCGGUGAACAAAGACAGAUGAGCGAGCGGAAAGUCAAACAAACGGACAACUGGUGACCAAACAAACUGCCUGUGACAUAGAUGGGUAGUCUGGUCAUCGGAAGGACAGUCUGGUGAGCAGACGAACAGUCUGGUGAGCAGACUAACAGUCUAGUGCACAGACUGCAGUGGCGUCUGGUAUCUGGCGGAAGUGACAGAGUGCGCACACGUGUUUCAGUCGUGUGGACGGCCAGUGGAUGUGGGAACCACCUGACCGGCAGGCGCUGCUGGACGAGAUCACCUCCAACGGCGAGAUCAACGUCUCCCACACGGAGGACGAGAUCGGCGCCUCGGUGCCCGCCUCGCCUCCCGAGUCCCCCCGCCGCUCCUCCGCCCACUCUGGCCGCUCAUCGGGCCAGUCGGGCCGCUCAUCCACUCAUUCAUCGGCUCACUCGUCCACCCGCUCAUCCGCCCGCUCCUCUGGACGUCUUCUCUCGGCUGCCGGAGGGGGUCGGCCUGUCGUCCCCGGCGCGGUGGCCUCCACGGUGGACUCAGUAGGGGCCAUGGAGUCCGGCUCGCUGCGCGGACUGGACGCAGGCUCGCUGCCCGGACUGCUCAUCGAGCCGGAGGAGAAUGAUCGGAAGAUAGACCUGGACACCGUGCGACGGGCCACCGACGUGCAAAAUAAUUUCACCGACCUCAACAUGGAGCCAGCCAUGGAGCCGAAUGAGGUGCGUCGGCGAGUCGACACGCAGUACUUCUGGGACAACAAGCGCAAGAUCGACAUGGUUCUGGCGUUCCGUGAGGACGACGACCUGAUCCGGGCGCACAAACGAAAAACGUUCCAGGCCAACCUCAUCAGCGAGGGACUCGAGCUCGAGCUCGAGGAUAAAAAGCACUCGAGUGACGGGAAGACCUACUACCUGAAGGUGCACUCACCCUGGGACGUGCUCACGCGGUAUGCGGAGAUCAUGAACCUGAAAAUGCCAAUCAAGGAGGAUGACCCGGAGCCAGAGCUGAAAGGACCGCCCUGCUGUCGCAGCAUGGUGCGCAACCCCUUCAUGUACAACACAGACCUCAUUCCGCCGGAACCAGAGUACUUUACGGCCGGCUUUAACCGAGACCGCGAACACCAAUUCGUCAUCAAGAGCCGCGAGACGUUCUUCACGUCUGCGCAGCGCUCUCAGAUCGUGUGGCAGAUUCUGAUGCGGACGCGCUACUCGGACGCGCAGAGCAAGGACCGCUCCAAAGUGGGCAUUAACCGGCUGCUGAACAACGGCGCCUACCUGGCCGCGUUCCCGCUGCACGACGGAGGGUACCGCGAAGGGGCCACCUGUGGCGAGCCGCUCAACGACAGACGGCUGCUGUACCUGGAGUGGGGUCGGCCGAAGGCGGCGCUAAAGAAGCAGCCACUGUGGCUGGUGAGGAAAUACUUUGGCGACAAGGUGGGCCUCUACUUCGCCUGGCUGGGCUUCUACACCGGCAUGCUGGUGCCGGCCGCCCUGGUCGGCGUGUUCGUCUUCUUCAUCGGCCUGUUCAUGAUGAACAACGACGUCAACUACAACCCCAGCGUGGAGAUCUGCAAAAGUGACAUCGUCAUGUGCCCGCUUUGCCACAAACUGUGCGAGUACACCAAUCUGAGUGAAUCGUGUUUCUUCUCCGAGGUCACCUACCUGUUCGACAAUCCCGCCACCGUGUUCUUUUCAAUCUUCAUGGCGUUUUGGGCCACGAUGUUUUUGGAGUUUUGGAAGCGUCGCCAGGCGGUGAUUGCCUGGGAGUGGGACCUCUCCAAUUAUGAGGACGAAGAGGACGCGAGGCCGGAGUUUGAAGCUCAGGCCACUUCGUUCCGCAUUAAUCCCGUCACCAAAGAAGAGGAGGCGUACAUGACGAUGAGCAGCCGGUUCUGGCGAAGGAUGGCCUCGGGGACCAUCAUCAUUUUCAUGUUGUCGCUGGUCAUCGCCGCCGUGUUCGGCGUCAUCGUCUAUCGGCUGGCGGUGAUGACGCUCUUUCAGCAGACCGGCGACGUCUUCUGGCUCAAGAGCGCCAAAAUUGUCACCUCCAUCACAGCGGCCACGCUCAACUUGAUCAUCAUUAUGAUAAUGAACCAGUUCUACAGAAAGGUGGCCAUUUGGUUGACGAACCUGGAGAAUCCGCGGACUCAGACAGAGUACGAGGACAGCUUCACGUUCAAGAUGUUCUCCUUCCAGUUUGUCAACUACUACUCCUCUCUCGUCUACAUCGCCUUCUUCAAGAACCGCUUCUACACAUACCCGGGCCAGGAGGACUACGACAAGAACAUGCUGAAGCGGACGCAGGCGGACGUCUGCGACCCCGCCGGCUGUCUCUUCGAGCUCUGCAUCCAGCUGGCCAUCAUCAUGAUCGGAAAACAGGUCCUCAGCAACUUCAUCGAGAUCCUACUACCUAAAAUAAUGAACUGGUGGCGGGCGCGGGCGUCGCUCAACAAGGUGGAGGGGACGAAGGAGCUGUACACGCGCUGGGAGCAGGACCACGACCUCCAGGGGCUCGGCACGCUGUCCCUGUUCGAGGAGUACCUCGAAAUGGUGAUUCAGUACGGAUUCGUCACCCUGUUCGUGGCCGCGUUUCCUCUGGCGCCGCUCUUUGCUCUCAUCAACAAUGUGGUGGAGAUCCGUCUGGACGCGUACAAGUACGUGACGCAGACGCGGCGACCGCUGGCGCAGCGCGUGCAGGACAUCGGCGCCUGGUACGGCAUCCUCCGCGGCAUCACCUACCUGGCCGUCAUGUUCAACGCCCUGGUGAUCGCCUUUACGAGUGACUUUAUCCCGCGACUGGUGUACUGGUACCAGUACAGCGAGACCGGCACUCUCGAGGGAUACAUCAACGCCACACUAUCAGUGUUCAACACUGCCGACUUUCCGCCGGGCUACGAGCCGGACCCGCAGAUCGACAACAGAACGUACGAGACGUGUCGGUACCGCGGCUACCGUACGCCUAACGUCACCGGCGAGGAGAACCCCUACUCCACCAACAUGAUGUACUGGCACGUGUUCGGCGCGCGACUCGCCUUCGUCGCCGUCUUCGAGCACGUCGUUAUCGGUCUGACGGGGAUCAUAGCAUAUGCCAUCCCUGACAUUCCCGGCACGGUGAAACUGCAGAUCAACCGGGAACGGAUGCUGGACCGAGAGGCCCAGUUCGAGGCCGAAAUGUACAGGCUGAAGAAGGAGCGGGAACUGGCGGAGACGGAGGCUCGCCGGAUGUCGGCGGCCCGCGCGCCGUCCGGGGCCUCCUGGACCGGAUCGAGACUCUCCAGUCGGAGGAACAGCCACCGACCUCCAAUGGACUACGCCGGCUGACCGCUGACCCGCCACGGUAUACCACACGACUGAGGUAUCCGAGGUGUGGGUUUGGACAUUAGGGCUGGCGUUGGGAGAAACGACGCUGCAUUAGGUGUAGGGGCGGUAUGAUUGUCAGUGGGUAUCAACAUCUGACAGAUUUUGUAUGUGCCAUGUCAGACGUGACAAUUGUCUGACAGCAGGACGAGUUGCCGUCCUUCUUGUGACACUGACAUCUCUAGUGAUGUGUGUGUGGAAAUAAUCCCACUGUGAAGUGGGAAAUAAUAAGGAACUGAAUUGUAACGCGUGAUAAGGGAUGAUGGUGAUAGUCGAGUCCAGCAAUAUAAUCUAACAGGGACAGAACGCGCGGCGCAGUGACGUAUUUCUGUUAAUGUGUCGUCCUUGUCGUCCCUAGUCCCUGGUUACGUGUUUUAUGGAUUUUGAGGUCCCACCCGUUGGCUCUCGUAUAUGUACGGGCGUGAGGGUAUUGACAGCGUCUUUGGUGCGAAGGGUAAUUGUCUAUUUUGGGUACUGUGUUAUUGAUUUAGGAAGUGCUGGUUUAGCCAUGCUCGUAAGUUCGACAAUUUCUGCUACUUGUUUAAUGCACGGACAUAUAUGGGUUAAAAGAGGUGUAAAAAUUGAGACAUUUGUCUAAAGGAGGCAGAUAAGUACAGUAUUAUGCGUAACUUGUGUAGGAUGGUGUUGACAAAUAUUUGCUUUGGGUGCACAUAUGUGAAACAGAUGCAGUUAUUCCUAUUACCGUUUAGGUUUUGUGAAUGUCUAAAUAUAUUGUGAUAUGUACAUAAUUGUUGGUGAUUGUUACAUAUCAGUACCUGUAUUUAAUAUUUAUCUCACCAAAGGUAGUGAAUGACGAAUUAUUGUGGGAAUCAGCAAUUAUUUUUGUACAGAUUGUGGAAAAUUACGAUUUGACUGAAGUUAUACUUUGUUGGAUACUAAAUGAAUGAUGAUUGCUGUUCAGCCGUGAUCAUAAGUGGUAAUAAGUUGGUAAGCGUAAACAAAUUAUAUCCGUCCAAUCACGUCUAUCCUCGGCGACAAAUAAUCAUCUGGUGCAAAUAUUGUCAUUGCCAAAUGUUUACAUGAAUAUACUGCACAUUCCGUC